CUCAUAGCGUAUUCAGUGAUUCUUUGACUCUACUCAGAAGCUAAAGCUAGCUUUGUCGUUAUCCAUCUGCGUCUUCUCUUUCAUAUUUGACCGAAAACAUACAUGACGAUGACAAGCAUUCAUCCACCUCACCCAAGAACUACAUCAUGAUCGCUACGAGUAAAGGUCCCUUCACUUCGUUGACGCAAUUCGACGUUACGAACGAGCUGUACCGGUCCGCUUGUGGAGUCGUUUUUUUAGCCAAAACGAAAGCACAUCUGGGCGAUAUACCCAAAGGGACACUCGUUGUGCUGAAAAAAAGACCCUAUUCACCAGCGGAGUUGGUGGAUAAGAAGAACGGGGGUAAGGUUUUUUUUAGUACCACUUGCUGGAAUCGGCUUGGAAUGACAAAGGUUUGCAUCCGAUGAAACAUGAUUUAUUUUGAAAUGAGGACCACGCGCAUUUUAGGUCUACAUUGACAUUAUGAAGGGCCCUUGUAGUUCUUUUUCUUGACAAGAAUGAACCAUUGUAAUUGUGCGGUCUUUCGACCACUCAGGUACCCACUAAUCCAACUCGCACACUACAGAUAGACCCCAGCAACAUGAUAAGCUUGGAGGAAAAGGGAAGAAAAAUUUGUUGGAGAACUUUUCUCUCUUGCACGAAUAUGGUCUCCUCAUGGAGUGUCGCGGACACCGAAACGUUAUCGAGUGCUAUGGAUAUUUUUUGUUAAGGUAGGCUCUUUUAGUUUUAGUAGUAGUACUAGCAGGUCUUCUAGGUCUAGUUCUAACUCAACUAGUACAACUUCUUUCUCCGACGUAUACUAUACGUAUUGCUAUCAUGUAUUUCUGAUUUUCCACUACACGGACUGCUAGUUCUAUCAGUAUCCGCUCUAUGUCUAUCAUCUAUCAUCUAUCUCUACAUCUUCCAACACUAGCACUAAUACUAAAAACUGCUUCUACUUCUAACCUCUGAAGACCGGCACUUAGUCCUUGUUAUCGAAUAUGCAAGCAAAGGCGAUUUGAACAAGGAAUUAGCGAUGCGCAGCAAGGGCAAGAAAGACUUUCGGGAAAGUGAGAUAUGUUAAGGCUGCCGCUGAAGCAUGUCCUUAGUAUCAUCAUCCUUGUCCGUCGGCCUCUUGUUUGAGGGGAUAAAAAGCGACUCAAGGAUGGGCUCAGGGGUGCGACGCGGUAGCUCUAAGUAUGGGACUUGUUUUUGCAGAUUCUAAACGGUCUCCGCUUCGUACACAGCAAGGGGAUCGUGCAUCGCGAUGUGAAAAGCUUGAAUUUAUGGUGGAGAUUUUUUAUCUCGAGGAUUCAAAGUUAUGUUGUUAAAGGUGGGUAGAUAAAGGGUGGAAAGUUGUUUUGAAGUUUUUUCCAUGCAUACGAUUUGUUAUUUCCAUGGUAGGUAGUCGACAACGGCAACUGCCAUCUUCGUCCUCCUCCGCCACCAAGAUUUAAAAACCUACCCACGAAGUCUCUAACUUCCGUCUUCCUUUCGAAAGAAGGGUAUUGCAAACUAGGCGACUUUGGAGUGAGUCGGAUGCUGGAAAGCGAUAAUGCUUUGCUGAGCAGCUUCUAUGGGACACCGCUGUACCUGUCACCUGAGAUCAUUUCCGGUAGCGGAUAUACGCAGAAAACAGACAUUUGGUCGCUUGGGGUGUUGCUGCUAUGGCUUGAGGGAUGUUGUUGUAGUCGAUGUGAUGAAGAUAUUGAACCUAAAAAUGGACGAAGGACCAUUCUCAAUCUAAAUCUCAAAAACAUGAACAAUAUCUAAAUGUGGUAUACAGAACGUGUGCGUGCUUGUGCUGAUGUAGAGCAGUUGUCUAUUAAGUAGUUCUUGUAGCUCAUCUUCUAUUAGUUAUCAUGGUAGACUUUAUUAUUUUCCAAGACAUUGACUUUGAACACCUGUCCCAACCUGUAUCUCUGCUCAUCGCCAUCUCACCCAACCUCCUCUAACUCUCUACGAGUGUGUCGCUGGUGGCGGGCGUAUGCCGUUUUCGGGCGGAAAUUUGCGUGAUGUGACGAAUGCAGUUUUAGGUGGGAGAUACAAAGCCCUAGCCCAUGCUUAAGGCUAGGUUUUCACUAUGUAUCUCAUUAUUUGGAUUUGAGAACAAUCUGUCAAAUACAUUUAUCCUUGUUAUACGACCUAUGUGGACUAUGCUGAGUGGAACUGGAGCCCCCCUUGAUCAUUCAAAGGAGAAAAUAGGGGGGAGAAAGGGAAAGAACCUGCUCAGACAGGCAUAGUGAAAAAGUAGCGCUAAAAUGCCGGUUUCCAGGAAAUCGUCAGAAUGUGUCUGCAAAAAGACCCUGUAAAAAGACCAAACGCAGAAGACCUCUACCAAUUCGUCAAGAGAAGAAUGGCACAGGCUAAGAGGAAGGCUGCUUCUAGGACGAGUGGUCCUGUACCGGAGGAGGAUGAGCAGGGGAAGAAGCAACUGCAACAGCUGCAAGAGAUGAACAUGAAGAACGAAGAAGAGUUUGGUAGAAAAAAUGGCGGUGCAAUAGCCAAUGAAAAUAAAGGGUCUGGGAAAGCGACAGGUAAAGGGAAUUAUAGAGCAGCGCAGAAAAACUCACAGGGUGGUCCUCCUUUUGAGGGAGAAAUACACUCUGGUCGAGCAUCACGACCACCAGCACUACCGCGUCGAUUUUCAUCGGCAGGUGUGCGUGGAACGCAGUGGGACAAUAUUAGACCUGGCCUAGGGUCCUCAAACGGUACUGGAAUUCCAUCCGCUGGAAACACAUUUGGGUCUAGUAAUUUUAAGACAAAGGCUGUUGCACCUCAUCUAUCUUCUGAGUUCUGAGUAAUUUCUCACUAAGAGCAAGAACAAGAAGGGGUAGUGCUAGUGCGUCUCUAAACACAGGCGAAUCAGAAUUUGAUCGGAUUUCCUUGUUGCUAGAAGAAAUAGAAGUUAUUCUUCAUCUAAUUUGUCUGAAGAUAAGUUGCAUUCGUAGAUCAAAUUCACGCACAUUAGCUCUAAGUACAGCUUUCUUGCCUCAGGCGGUUCUCGACGGAGAAGUUCUAGUACCCCCGCUGUUGUGUCUGCGGCACAAGCAAGACGAAUUCGCGCUUCAGGUGUUGGGGCGCCUAGGCCAGCAUAUUUUCCUUCACAUGCUGCGCAGCUAGUGCACUUCAACGGUGGACGCGUUCGAACAGGAGAUCAGAACCCUCCUCCAGCUGUAUCGACAGAACGAUCUGGUACAGGAGUUGUAAAGAACAAUAAGAAGCGCAGUUGUACGAGCUGGGAACCACGUGGUGACGCAGCAUAUUACGAGGAUGCGGCUGCAGAAGUGGGACCAGAACAAGAUUCGGAAGAUUCUGAUAAUGAGGAAAUAGAUUACAGAGAUCUUCCAGUUACGUCUGCUUCGUCACCGACCAAGAGACAGCGACUUAUUGAAGGUUCGCAUGCGGUCCCGCCUCUGCAUGCUGGAAGCAACCGCAAUUACUUUGGAGGGGCGACAGCGUUUAUGGGAAAAAAUAUACAUAGUGUCAUCUUGAUCUUCUUCGUAGAGCUUUUGCUUUGUGGAGUAUCAUGCCGCCUUUGAAUUUGAAGGGGAAGGCCACAUUAACGGCAAGGCGACCUACAGCUACUUGCACGACUUGAUUAAGUAGGUGACAUGAUAAAAAACUACUACUUAAUAUACUUUUACUUUCUCUAACACUUCUGGCUCUCCACGCAGAGGCGAUCGACAACACCAUCAACGCGGACAGUCAAACUCCCCAGGACUCAACAAGAAAAAGAAGGUUACUCCAAAAAUAGGGCAUGAUUUGCCUUUCAUUUCGCACCCACAUGGCGAACGCGAAAUCAUUGACCCUGAAGAUGUUAACAUCGAAGAUGAAAAGGCCUCGUCUGCACUUCGAGAUCGAUUGUAUCACCAGGUUUUGGCUAGACAUCACGCUGGGAGACAACAACAACAGAUUUUGCAGGAUCCGCGCAACGUAUUGCAAACAGGAGAGGAACAAUCACACAAUCAGCCAAACUACUACGCAUCUGGUUCUUCGAGUGGAAGUGCUGCGAAUAGAACUAGAAGUGGUACUAGUAGAGCACAACAGCAACGACGACCACGUAGUCUGUCCACGAGCCGGCCGCGAUCUCGGAGUGCUGAACACGCAUACAGUGGCCAGGUGCGAUUAGAUUUCGAAGGGCAUGAUGACCGAAGAGGAGCUUAUCAAGGGCAAGACGAUGCACUUCAUCAAUAUCAUGAUGAUCUUCAAGACGAUUAUCGAGAACGAGAACUACCCAGUUCCUACGAAGACUUUGCUGCUGAUGCACUUGCACCAAACUAUGAUCUCGAACACCAACGACGAUCCGCGUUGAGGUCUUCAGCGGACGCCUUUAUAACACCCGAGAGAGCAGUAGAGCCACUACGGGACGCGCCAAACACGAAAGAUAGAAGAUACAUUUCCGCAGCCUUUGACGACGACGCAGCGGGAAAACCAACUUUCUGGGGUACGGAUCCUGAACGACCAUCAUCUAAUUACAAUGACUCUAGUACUUGUGCCGGAGGAGGCCCUAGAAUUGUGCGUGUAGGUAAGAACCCUCUGAGAGGGCGUGGUGAGCAACUACACCGACGAUCGAGGGGUGCCUCUGACGCAACAGAAGUGGAGAGAUCGCUUUCACGAAAUAGUAGGGCAGCUUCGAGAGGCCUCCAGAGAAGUCGUGGUCGUCCUAGCCAGAUGGAAAUGGAGCAACUACUGCAGCAGCAAGACAACCAAGCCUUUUCUCAGCACUCCAAUAACAUGCUGCUUCUAGAACAACAACAGGAGCCUGCAGGACUUCUAGAGCCUAGCACUCGAUUGCAUCUUCAACAUCCACUCCCAGCUGCACCAAGCAGACGUGUAUAUGACCGCCACGAUAUUAAUAGCCUUCAUCAACAGCCUACAGGAGGUCCAGUUCGACGUCCAAUUUCUUCUUCCCCUCUAGAGUCAGCGCGCACCAAUCUAGUUGGUUCGCCAGAGUACUUCGCCAAGAAAGGUCGAGCACAACUCCGAGACGAAGCAACGUCGGAACGCGUGCUUUCUGGGCAGCAAGAAAUGAUCGGAGACCCAAGGACUGGGAUGUGCUCACCAAAACGAGGCACUAGUCGUGUGGAGAAUCUUCAUGAGCAAGACUGCAGCGCCCCCACACGUCCUUCAGAGUUGUUCGACCAUGAAGCUGCUCAUCAUCGCUUGUGGAAACUAGGGGAUCACAUGUCACCAAGGGACAAACGUUAUCCGUUACCGAACAGGCAACUGUCGCCUAUAUGGCAGGAGGGCCAAGACCUGAUAGACGAUGUUCAGUGGGCUCGGAGCAACUUUAGACGAGAACAUGCACUAAGACUAAAGGAAAGCAAGGACUUGUCAAGAAGUAGAUCAAUAUCUCGACAGCAUCAAGUAUGGCAACCUUAAAACGUUAUUUUAGCAAAACGUUAAAAGUUGAUUUUUUAAAAUAGCCGACUAGAUUCCUAAGAAGUCAAUUUUUAACGUUUUGCUAAAAUAACGUUUUAAGACUGCCAUAUCAAGGGGAAGAACAAGAGUUCGUCCUGCAGAGAAGUAGAGCAGAUCACGGUAGUGCAAGACUGAGAAGCACCAGUCGUUCGAGAGGACGGAGUGACAGCCAGACUGGGCAGACGAGGAGAGGAAAUAAGACAUCAUCCACAUCUUCUUCCAGAAGGUUUCCAACACAUCCUGCAAUUCUUCCUGCGGAGAUGAAUCGAGGCAGAUCUCCACCAACUUCGGCGCGCACGAUGCGUUGGGAGCAGCGACAAGCAGAAAGAAGAGAGGAAGGAAAGGGUUUUGUUGAAUUAAGGCUAGUAAUUGAGGACAUCGUUACAGUUUCGCAGAUAUUGAAGCAUGGUAGGUUGGUAUGAUUAGAAACUACAAUUAUUGAUCCCCUAAUCAUGAACUAGUUGUAGAAAUUACUGGUCUUUACUUUGUCUUUGACUUUUCUCAUCCUCAGGAUAAAGAUGGAUGAUACGAGGCUAGUGGUUGCGCUUAGCUCUAAUCAAUGCAGAAGUAGUGAAGAUCUCAUCAAAGGGUGUCGGAGUCGGUCAACAGCGCAGUAAAGCCUCAACGACUGAAGAAGAAAACGAAAUACCACUGUUAGGCAACGGAGCUCCUGCAGCGGAUUACAGCUCCUCAUCUUCAUCAGCACGCGAGCAGAGGUUAGACCUUGUUUUUGGUGCUUCCAGUAGUGCGAAUGCGAAUGCACGUCGUCAUUGGCAUCUAGGGAAUGCAACUGCUCCUGCAGCUUCGGUCCGGCAAGAGGUUGCGGCAGCCACAGCGUCAGCAAGUAGAAAUGGGACUAGGGGUCGGGGAGUCAAAAUCAAAAGAUUCGAUGUUGUGACUCAGUGUUGGGUGUGAAGGUUGACGAAGACUAAAAACUUUGAACUCGAGAUUUGUACUUGCUUUUGCUAUAUUUUGCUUUGCUUGUUCUUGUGGUUGUUUCCUUGUACUUCCAUGCUGAUAAACAUCUUGAGAAUACAGAGACAGACUGACACGAUGUUCACGCUAGUGAUGGUUUGGAGAUAAGAAUAAUCCAAGUUUGACCUACUUGCUGUACCUUCCCCAUAUAGUGCAUGAUGUGGAGUUGUCGGGCGCUGGAGCCAGCUACGCUACGCGUCUUGCAAACGAAUGGAUAACGGGCGAAGAUAACGUUGCUGAACAGUUUAAAGAUACAAUUAAUGUCGUGCUGAUACAGGC